AUGGCACAAAUCAUUUCCUCGAAACCUUUUUGUCUUGAAAAUUCCACUCAACUAACACGUCCUGCUUCCGAAAGCUUCUAUCGUAUCGAUGGAAGUAGUGCACCAACAAUCAUCGAUAAACAUCAAGCAAAACGUCUCUAUCGUCUUCAACAAGCACCAAAUGUAAAUGCGAAUCUUCAUGUGGACACUUCUGAGGUUAAUUAUGAUGCAGAAGGAUAUUUCGAUAGUAUAGUACGUAAACAAAUCAAUGAAAGUACUCCACUAUCAACAAAAUCAGUAUAUCAUCCACCAGUUGAUAUGUCGAAUGCAUCGAUGAAAAGAUUUUCACUUGGAAAAGCUCGUCUAGAUCCUCAACAUACUGUACCAAGUGAAAUGACUACAUUACGAAACCAUCCAGGUGCUAUUACUAUACUUCGACAUGAACAAGGUGCGAAUGGUGAAAUUGUUCCACGCUUUACUGAUCGACUAGUAAUAGAUAGAACACUUCGUGGAAGAUUAGGUCCAGGAGGCACUUUAAACCCUGAAGAAGAUUGUCGAGAAGCUGAAAAUUAUCUUCGUAGUCAAGGUCGUCUAUCAGCACCUACAACUACACCUCUCACCUACAAUCCAAAUAAACAACAACUAUCUGUUAAUGAACAACUGAAACGUGAUGAAACUGCUCGCCAUUACAUGUACACAUCAUCUCAACAAGCUGCUUAUGACGAAGUACCAUGGGAUUCUAAGUUACCGUCGAAACUUCCUGUUCCAGCGACAACCUAUGAAGCUGAUGGAAGUGAUCCUGUGUUAAAAUCUAGACAUGCACCAUCCGUUCUCGAUGCUCGUACACGUAAAAUUCUUGAAUGGGAUCGUGUACAAUCGCGUAAUGUUAACUUCUAUCGAAAACCUGUUCAAAAUGUUCCGCCAUUAUCACGCGCUGACCACAUAUCUGGUUAUUCAGGCUCGAUUGGUGGCUAUCAUAUACAGGAAAUCGAUGAUCCAACAGUAGAUUUUAAACCAUUUACCGUACUCCGUACUGAACAACCAAAAUUUGGUAUCAAUCCAUUUAAAACAAAUAUUCCAUUUUAUACUGGAAAUACUCAUUGGACAAAAACUGAUCCUGUAUCUCAUUAUGAUAAAUCAGGUCAUGCGUAUACAACAAGUGCUGCAUUUCAUAAGCCACUUCCUGUUGAUUAUGCGACCUAUCGUCAUACUGGUUUGAAUGGACAGUUGUCACGAGCAGUAACAACGGUUAUACCACAAAACCCAUUUAAUAUGAUGGAUAUUAGUAGUACAACAGUGAAUGCAUCGCUAGAUAGUCGUGCACAAAUAUUAAUUCAAAACUUACCAAGUACUUUUCCAUCAACAUCCAAAAACAAUAAAAAUGAAGAGAAAAAAGAAGAAAAACCUGAUAAUAAUCAAGACCAAAAUUAG